AUGCCUAAAGUGAAGACUGAAUCAAUCACUUCGAAGAUGAUGAACAAUCGAGCAAAUUCGUUUUCCAACAAUUCCGUAUCGUCUAACGGCAUUAAGAAUGUAUCAAGAACACAAUCAUCUUCAAGCUCUUCUCAGUCGGUUGACGAACUGCUGCAAGGAUUAGGAGCAGAACCACUUUCGACUUCCGUUAGAACCACGACAACACAGGGUUCCCAAGAAUCACAAAAAAGCGCAGAGGUUUUCAACUCACUUCUAAAUAGACUCAGCCAAAAUCCAAAACCUGAUCUUCAGCUUUCUUUUAAUAGUCAACCGUUAGCUCCAAAUCCAAUUUCCAUUUUAAAUGAACUACACCAGAGUUUAAAAGGACUUGAACCUCCGAAGUACGAUUAUAUUAAUGAACUUUAUGGAUUUAUCUGCGAACUCGAAGUUUUCGGAAAGGUUUACAAAAGUUCAACACCAAGAGGACGAAAACAAGAGGCAAAGGAAGACGCCGCACUUAUUGCAGUUAAUGAUAUUACUAAACAAGAGGGCGUCGCAGACAUACUGAGUAAAGAUCUGCUGGAUAGGUACAACAAGGAAAUUCGAAAUGCAGGAAAUGAACCAACUUUCAUAACCAAGUCACAAGCAUGGUAUCAAAAGCAAGAAAGUGAGUGGCCAAAUAAAAAGCCUCGUACGAUCCUCCUAGAGUUUUGUCAGAUGCAUCACCUACCACUUCCGACUUAUGCCGGAAGACAUGGCCCCGAUGGAUUACCUAUUUUUGAUUGUGUAAUUGGAGAACGUGUUUUUAAGUCAGAUCGUAGAGCAUUCGUCAAAGUUGUUGACGCUAAGGACUAUGUCGCUUCCAAAGCAUUUACAGAAUUAUAUGAAGAACAAUGUGAAUCAGAACGUAAGAAGGAAAGAGUACUCAAAAAGAAUAGCUUUGGUCUACGACGACCUGAUGCAUCGUCUGCUACCGUUGAUUCGCUUCGUGCCUUACCGAGCAUAAAUGAAAACCAGACAGAAUCAAGUACUACGAAUACCAACUCGGUUGCAAUGCCUUCUCGACCUGCUGGUGAUAUUGACACAGUCAGCCUUGUGUUACCCGCUUUAGAUGAAGGAACACCAAAGAUUAAAGAAGAGCUUCGAAUUGAUUCCACGGUACCACAACCUCCAAUUGAUUCCACAGUACCACAGCCUCCAAUUAGGACGGAUCAAUCACUUGUGGUCUCAGCAUCAUCGCCAUCUAGCAAUAACUUCCAUCCAUAUCAUCCCAGUAUAUACGCGCAAAGAUCCACCCAAAGUGUAGUUCCAGUCAAAAAAUAUAUUAGUCUACUAUGUGAACUUUGUCAAUCAAAACGAUGGUCACUUCCGAUUUUCAAUUUGCAAAAUAGCUUGCGUGGGUUCAUGGGAACUGUCACUGUCAAUAAACAUACGUUCAAGGGGAAUGUACAUAGUAAAAAGUCAGAAGCAAAAGAGAGUGUUGCCGAAGUGGCUUACAAGUAUUUUACGGGACGCGACGUGGAAAAUUAG